GGUAAAGUUUCCUUUGUGAUUCGGAAGUGGUGGUGUGAUGCCAAAGCCGUUUAUCCGUACAGACACAACACACAAGUGGCGAACAUGAUAAAACUGUUCACAGCUCUGUCCUGCUGAAAUGGGAAAACAGCCUUUCAAGACUUUGUAAUACAGGUCUCUCCAUCAACCUGGCAACGACAGACUCACACAAAGGGGAGGAGCCAGGUCCCAGCAGUAUGGAGGUUGUUGGAGCGCCCGGUUCUGCCCCGAGCCCUCAGAGCGAGGCAGUGACCAACGAGCUUCAGGAGCUGUCCCUCCAGCCUGCUCCCAGUCUGCUUCCUCUGCAGGAGCGCAAGAAUGUCCUCCAGCUCAAGCUUCAACAGAGACGCACGCGAGAGGAGCUGGUCAGUCAAGGGAUCAUGCCACCACUGAAGAGCCCUGCAGCCUUUCACGAACAGCGGAGGAGUCUGGAGCGAGCGAGGACCGAGGACUACCUGAAAAGGAAGAUCCGGAGUCGUCCUGAGCGCUCUGAGCUGGUCAGGAUGCACAUUUUGGAGGAGACGUCGGCAGAGCCGUCUCUGCAGGCCAAGCAGCUGCAGCUGAAGCGAGCGCGACUGGCCGACGACCUCAAUGACAAGAUAUCUCACAGACCAGGUCCCAUCGAACUGGUGCACAAGAACAUCCUGUCUGUCAGCUGCCCUCUGCAGCACUCACCGCUGGAUUCCCCAAAGGGAGCCGGGGGAGAGAGCUCAUCUUUAGAUGAAGACAGCAGUGAUGCUCUGUCACCAGACCAGCUAACCAAUCACGACUCUCCCCUGAGUGCCGUCCCUCAGCUGUCGCCCUCUGACGUCCUCACCCAGAAUGGGGACAUGUCUCCCACACAGUUUCUUACACAGCCCCCACCUCCACCUCCUCCGCCACCUCCCGCCCAGGUGAACGGGUCCGAAUCCUCCCCUCUCCCAAAAAUGACAAAUGGGACAAUGGUGACCUCUGCAUCCUCUCGCCCCUCCAGUGGGCAAGUCAAGUCUCAGGCUAAGUCGAGUUCAGACCGUCCUCCCCAGAGACCUAAGAAACCAAAGGACAGCAAGCCCAAGGUGAAGAAGCUGAAGUACCAUCAGUACAUCCCUCCAGACCAGAAGGCCGACAAGGAGCGUCCGCCUCAGAUGGAUUCAUCCUACGCGAAGCUCCUCCACCAGCAGCAGCUCUUCCUGCAGCUGCAGAUUCUCAGUCAGCAACAGCAGCACUACAACUACCACACCAUCCUGCCCGCCCCUCCCAAGCCACAAACCGAGCAGCCUUCAACAACCAACUCUGGCCCUUCUCCUUCACGUAGCAUUCACACGACGACCACCACGGCCCUCUCAGGUCAGACCGGGCCUGCCCGUCAGAGCCAAACUGCAGUGGGAGGAGCCAAACCAGCCACUCUGCCGGCCAACCUGGAUGAGUUCAAAGUUGCUGAGUUGAAACAAGAACUGAAAUUGCGUGGUUUGACCGUCUCAGGCACCAAGAAUGAUCUCAUUGAGAGGCUCCGCAACUACCAAGAGCAAAAUGGCGGCAGCACAACAGUUUUGAAAAAUGGGAUAUCUCAAUCUGGCCUGCAGAGCACGACCUCAGCUAGCACCACCACAUCCUCUCCAACCACGACUUCCACCCCCGACCACCAAUCAGUAGAGGUUGGGUUUAAAUUAGCUUUGUCCUCAUUGGCUCAGGCGGUUCCAGGCCGGGUCAUGCGAUUUGGCAGCACCAGCUCGAGCCCUCCAGUGUCGCCUACUCCAUCUGAGAGGUCGCUGGCAGGGAUGAGUCCAGAUGAGACAAGCUGCAAUGGAGACAUGUUUGGAGAGAUGGUGAGCUCUCCCCUCACCCAGCUCACCCUCCACCCCUCUCCUCAGCACCCAUCAAAUGUCUCUCCACUCUCGCAGCCUCUCUCUGUGGUCAAAGAGGAGAUCCAGAGCUCAUGCAGCCUGUCCAGGUCUUCACCUGCAUCCGCCCAUCCUCCAGAGCCCCUAAAUGGAGUAGCAAUGGACACAUCAUGUAUGGACAAAGACCAGAUGCUGCAGGAGAAGGACAAACAGAUUGAGGAGCUAACUAGGAUGCUGAAGCAGAAGCAGAGGCUGGUGGAAACUCUGAGGUCCCAGCUGGAGCAGGGCAAGAUGGCAGGUGGGACAGUGGUGAAGAAGGAGGGAAAUGAGAAGAGCAAAACAUCCCCAGAGGUUAAACUCCAAACUCUAAUAAAAGCCUCGGCCAUCCAGCCCCCAACACUCCCUAACGGCAUAGUGUUAAAGGUGAAGAAGGAGGUGGAGCCUGAGGAAGGAAUGGAGGGAGUAACAGAGGAGGCCCAGGCAAAGAAGCUGGCCCAGCCAAUGCAGUGCUCUCAGGAGACUCUGCUCAGGCUGCAGCAGAUUCAACGGCUGCAGGUCCAGCAAACUGAGCAGCAGAAGCAGCAGCCGCAACCGAAACAGCAGCAGAGUCAGGUGCAACUGCAGAAAGUGGCGGAGGCUAAACUGAGCCCUCAAAAACAACAGCAGACGAAGAAAGACGCCCAAAUCCUGCUCCGUCAGCAGCAACUGCAGCAGCUUAUCAUACAGCAAACCCAACACAAGCAGCUCCUGGACCAGCAGAAGUUAGCACAGCAGAAACUGGCCCAGCAGAAACUCACACAACAGAAGUUAGUGCAGCAAAACCAGCUAAAGCAAACACAAGGGCACAUCCAAGCUCAGCAGAAGAACCAGGUUCAGCUGAAACAGGUUCAGGUGCAGAUCCAAAACCAGACUGGGACAAGUCAGAAGCCUGUAGGGAGCCAAACACAUCAGAGGAAGCAGCUGAAGGCUCAGCAGAGGCUGAAACAGCAGACGGCAGCAGCUACCACACAACAGGUGACUCCAGUUAUCAUCAACCAACAGAACGGCACUCCACUCCACACUCAAGCCAUUUCAUUAGACCUCCUCAAGGCCAACGGUACACCCACGCUGGUCACCGAUAGCAACGGCAACCACUACCUGAUAGCUCUUACCAGUAACACCACGGACGGACAGAACGGAGUGACCGCAUUGGCCAAAACCAAUGGACGUAUCACACUGCAGAGAUUGCAGUCAACUCCAAGUAAACUCCCGAGCGCUGACAGCCAAUCAAAAGAGCAGCCAGAGGUCGGGCCUGUAAGUCAACCAAACAAAAAGGGACAGAAAGCUGGGCUUCACUUGGACACCAAUGGUGCUCCACAGCCCAGCCUGUCAGCCACCGCUCCGCCCAACCUGCAGCCUUUCUUCGACGACAUGUCGGACAAUGAAAGCCAAAGCAACUUAAUGUCACCUCUCAAGAGAGAGGAGGUGUGUCCGCCUUACGACCGGCACACACUGUUCACCCCUCCCUCUCCCAAACCAAACACCUCCCUUCCUCCUCAACGCUCCAAACAGGAGAACGGUGUGAACAGCCAGCAGAUGGACGACCUGUUUGACAUCCUGCUCAAGAGUGGAGAAAUCCCGGGCUUCAAGCACCUCUCCCCUCCCACCCCGACAGAGCCCCUCAUCUCCCCUCGGUCCUCUGUGGGGGAGCCCUGCUCAGGCAGCGGACGCCUGGAAGACUUUCUGGAGAGCACCACGGGCGCCCCGCUGCUGGGCAUGGAGCCCGACGGCGGCCUGACGCUGAUCGACGACCUCCACAGCCAGAUGCUGAGCACGCCCAGCAUCCUGGACCACCCUCCCUCCCCCAUGGACACGUCCGACCUGGGCUUCUCCCCUCACUCUGCCGGGCUGGACUUCGGCGACCCCACUCUGGACAGCAUGGACUGGCUGGAUAUCUCCAUGGUGGGGAGCGCAAGCGGAGGAAGCGAGGGCAAUGGAGGAGGGAGAGUAGGGGGAGGCGGAGCCAGCGAAGGCGACGGGGGGACGAGUUUAGCCCCACUUGCGCCGCACACGCCGCCAAGCGUGUUCUCAGCAGAUUUUCUGGACAGCACAGACCUGCAGCUGCACUGGGAGUCAUGUCUGUAGCUCGUCAUACAGACGCACACAGAUGGACAUGCGGUCGCUCACACUGUGUACAGGCUCCGUCUUUAUUUCAUGCACAUACAGAUACCUUCUCUAUGCUGUCUCUACCACUGCGGGGGUCACUGGCACAUGCAAACGCACAUUUACACGGUUUGCCCUGUCUUUCACUGGCUGUUACUGUAUGCAAAGUGAGGUCAAACAAACAAGAAACAUACAAGUUAAAUUCAUAGACAGGACUUGAACUUGGUGAAACUGAAGUGGACUUUGUUGAAUUUUUAUUCUAUGGGGAUCCUUCAGCAGACUGGUUACAGACAAGCUGAUAAAAUCCCAUUUCCUGUGCCCUGACCUGCAUUAUAACCUGUAAACCGGAAGCUGCAGGUCACUUCAACCCAUUUCAACCCCCCAGUAAACAGUUAGACAGACAGAGACGAGGAGGGACUGUCGUUUACUCGGGCUCCUUGAGAUAGCAGUGUGUGUCAGUGCCUCCUAAACUUUGCACUUAUGCUGAAUCUGAUUGGUAUAACGGGGGUGUUCAGGUCAACAGCCGAAUCUUAGCUCUGUUCGGCGAAGCUGAGCAAAAGCCAGCAUGUGUUCUGAGCCGUUGAUGGCGUGUAAAGAAAGGCAGCUGACACGGCAACCUGAACUCCACCCACACUAGUCAAAGUUACAACCGUCGUUGGUUGACAGUUGCGAUUGAAAUGAACCAUAUCAGUGGCAACAGUUUGAAUUGAAGCCUCAUUAGAGGUUGCGUAUUAUUGGUAACAUUAUGGUAGACCACUAUGUAUUGCUGUAUAUGGGGUGUAUAUUAUCAAUUGUCCAUAUGACUAUUUUUCUUUGCUGGUUGCUUUAGAGUCGAGCUCGCCGGCUGGGGAACAUAGGGUGAGGGCGGGGCUUCCAAAAUACUUGGGCCUUGUCAUUUUUUAAAGAAAAAAAAGUUAAAAAAAUAAACAUAUUAUAAAAACUCAAAA